CUGCAGACAGUGUGUGGUGAGCCAAUGUUUAUCAGAAAACUGAGUGGCGGAUCUUACUGCAAUGUUUCUUAGAAUUGAAGCUUGAAGAAUAUUAUUGAGCAGAUAUACCAAAAAAAUUAAGAUGACACAACACAAGGUUUACAUGAACCAAAUUCACUGCAGUUCCCUGCUGUGUGAGUUGGCCCAGAUGUGGAAGAACCAAGCCCUGUGUGAUGCCAUUAUUAAAGCAGGAUCCAUCACAGCUAAGGCCCAUCGUUUGGUUCUUGUGGCAGCUUGUCCUAUGCUUAAGUCCAUGGAGAGUGCGUCAGUUGGAUCUCAUCUGGAAAUAAGGCUUGCUUCUGACAUAAAAGAGGAAUCCAUCACCACAUUUCUACAGUAUUUAUAUGAGGGAUGCAUGGUUUUGACUGAAGAUAACUAUAAAGACAUUGAAAAAAUUGGACGAAUUCUUCAAGUGGACAGUGUCAUUAAAUGCUGCUCCGAUUUUUACAAAUGUCUGAAUUCGUCCUCUCAGUACAAGUAUGACUAUUAUGAUCAUGUUGAAUUCAAGCAUGUUAGACAGACUGAUAUGUUGAAAUUUAGUGAGAAAUCCAACAAGAGAUCAAUAGACUCUAAAAUCACAAGUCAGGGCGGGAAACGACAGAAAAUACUCAACUCUGACUCCCCAUCCUUUGGUGCUAACCCCAAAACUGAUGAUCUGUCAGGUCCUUCAAAUUUUAACAGUCCCAAAGAUCACAACCGUCCAUAUAAAAUCGGCCCUGCUAGCGUGUCCAGAAGGCCUAAUGGUGGUGUGGACGUGGUGGAAGACGGCGUGCAGAUCCACCAUGUGGAUAAGAAUGCUUCUCCUGGGUCGUCACAAGUGGUGGACACGUCAUCGGCUAUGUCUGUCUCAAUAGCCAGUCAGAUAACGCCAGAUAUAAAUGUCCAAGUGGUUAAUAUGGGUAACACACACCGUACCUCAUCUCCUUCUUUGAUCUCAAGGAUCCCUAACAAACCUCCCCUCUCAGGGCCGUUUCCCACCGAAACAGUGGACAACCGGUCAGACUCUCCCAUCUUCAUAGCAGGAGUGGGGGUCAGGGGUUAUGGAGCCACCAUGGUACCACCAUCAAAGUCCUUUGCCAUAGGAAGCCCCACCAUGGUGCCUGUUGGUCCUGCACAGUUUCCAACUUUUGUGAAAGACACCAUAUCAACCUCUAAUGCUGAAGAGGAAGUGGGAAUGAAGAGUCGGUCAGAAACUCAAUCAAGUCUAACUACCAGUCCAGACCCCUCCAUCGUGAAGAAAGAGCCGGGAGUCAGCACGCCGUACGUGGAGGUCCAGGAUCAGGGGAUGGUCAUGGUCCGUCGCCCGGACACGGACAGUGAGCAGCAGGAGGAAGUGUCUAGUGACCUAGAGAUAGAGGAACCUCCCCCCGAUGACAGCUUCACAGGUGACCCUGGGAGUGAGGCCUCAUGGAUUGGGGGUCAGGCUGGUGAGAAUGAGAACAGUACGGAGAAGGGUUCCUGGCACAGUGUAGAAACUAGAGGUCCCUAUGCUGUGAGUGAGGAACAAGGUGAGGUCAAAUUUGACCGCAAUGAAAUGAAAUUUGAUGGCACAGAUCUGAAAUUUUAUGAUGAAGUGCUACCAGGACAUAGGCUGAUUAGGAUUGAAGGUAGUAAGAAAGCAUGUGCAUACUGUGACAUUCAACGCUUGAAAACAAAAUCGGGGUGGCAGAUCAAGUCAUAUUUCAAGUGCCUUGCUUGUGAUAUACCACUAUGCAAAUCCGACAAGGAGUGCUUUCUAAGAUACCAUGAGCUGAGGUUAGAGCAACCAAAUGUUCCACCCAAGGAGCUUCAUAAGAGAUUGAAAACGAAGAACAAGCCUCUUCUUCUUCAUAAUGUGACACCUUCACAGAUGAAGUCUUCCAAUACGUCUUCCUCCUCAACAAAUAUAUCCAUUGAAGAGUCGGUCACAACAGCAGACAUCAUUAGGGCUCACCUAUCCCCCUCAGACUUUUCUGAGCAGAACCCGGCCCCUCCUCUCCUUACUCCCUACCUGUACAACACGUCCAAUGUCCCUCCCCUGGAUAUUGACUCCCCGGAGCACAGCAACAGUGGGACACCAGAGAAACUGGACACACUACCACAGGACAACAAAAAGGAAGAGAAGAAGACACAAAAAACAGGGAUCACCAGGAAGUCGAGGAAAUCCGUCAAAACAAAGCCAAUGAAAAUCGUUUUCAACGAGGAAGAAAAUGAUGCACUUGGGAGCGACGAUUCUGAUGAUUCCAACAUGGAGGAGGAUUACAGCACCAAAGAGAGAGUAUCACUGGACAAGGCAAAGAAUGGGGCCGUGUCAGCAGUGGGAGCAAGAAAAGAAAGAGGUCACAUUGUUAUACAGUAGCAGUAGAGAUAGAACAUUGAUUGGGGUACAAAUAUCUUUUCAUCAGCUCUCAAACAGAUCUGUUCACCUUUGUGUUGUUUCAUGAGCACAAAAUUGAAAAAAUUUCAACAGCAAAGCUAUGCAAAAAAGAUGAUCUGUUUAUUUCUUUCAAUAUCUCUUCAGAAAGGUUAGUUUCCUGUGUUGGAACUAUUUCAAGGAAAAUAUAACUUUAUAACUGUAUAAAGAGAGAUAACUCUUUUGCCCUUUGUAUUCCAAGAAAUAGUUCUUAAAUUAAUUUCACUUUACUCCCAAUAAAUAUACUCGUGAAUUAAAAUUUGAUACUGCAUUAUUUUAUAAAUAUGUAGCAAAAAUUUGUUAAUUUUUAGAUUGUUAAAUCUUUAAUUUUUAGAGAGAUUCUUUCAGUUCUGUAAAUUAAUGUG